AUGUGGUUCCUGGUUCUGUUCCUCGUCCUGUCCCUGUGGGGGACUGGUGCUGCGACCCCCAUCCAGUCUCGGAUCAUAGGGGGCUGGGAGUGCCAGAAGAAUUCCCAUCCCUGGCAGGCGGCCGUGUACCAUCAUGGUUUGGCAGUGUGUGGGGGCGUCCUGGUGCACCCCCAGUGGGUCCUCACUGCUGCCCACUGCUUCAGAAACAAUAUCCGGGGCGCUCUGGGUCGUCACAACCUGGGUGCUGAGGAGGACACAUCCCAGCUGGCCCCUGUCACCUACGCCUUCCCCCACCCGCUCUACAGCAUGAACUAUCUGAAGAGUGCCACCAGCACCGCCGAUGACAGAAGCCACGACCUGAUGCUGCUCCGCCUGUCGGAGCCUGCCCGGAUCACCGCCGCCGUGAAGGUCCUGGACCUGCCCACCUGGGAGCCAGAAGUGGGGAGCACCUGCCUGGCUUCUGGCUGGGGCAGCAUACAACCAGACAAGUUCUUGAGCCCAGGGACUCUCCAGUGUGUGGACCUCAACCUCAUGCCCAAUGACAUUUGUAGUAAAGCCUAUUCUGAGAAGGUGACAGACACCAUGCUGUGUGCUGGGCGCUGGCAGGGUGGCAAGGACACCUGCUACGGUGAUUCGGGGGGCCCGCUCAUCUGUAAUGGCAUGCUGCAAGGUCUCAUGUCAUGGGGCAGUGAUCCCUGUGCCGUGCCCCAACAGCCUGCCCUGUACACCAAGCUGAAGGCUUACCGGAAGUGGAUUGAGGACACCAUGGUGGCCAACCCCUGA